UCCAAGUGGCAAAACGAAAUAACAAAUUAGGCGAUAAUAAUAGUGAUAAUAAAAGUGCAAUAUUAUUAUCAUUAAUAAGGCCUAAAGCUUCAACUUCACAUUUUAAACCUAUAUCAAAAGAAAGAGGUAACAAAAUUAAUAAAGCUUUACUUAAAGCUUUCAUUUGUGCUGGAAUUGUAUUUGCUAUAAUUGAUAAUCCGUUUAUUUAUGAUCUUCUUAAUAUACUUGAACCUGGAUAUAUUUUAUCUGGAAGACUUAUAUUAGCAAAGUGA